ACUUAUCUUUAUUUUAAAAUGCCAAGAGACACUACUAAAAUAAGUAUUCGAGUGUAUAAUGAACAUUUGUGAAUAUGUAUUAUUCAGGAAAAAAAUAAAAAAAAUUGUUAGUUUAACACAUUAAAAUAUAAGAAGCCCAAAAAUAACAAUCACACAACGAAGUCGGGUUAAAAAUUUGCCUAUAUAUAUUUUUGUAAACAAAAUCACUCCAAACCUUUGUUUAUAAAUUGGUUCAAGUAGGCUCAAGGCAGCUGGGCCAUUUCUUUCUGUAGGACUUGGGAGACCCAGCUUGACCAAUUGCAAUUUAGGUCUCCCGCGUUGGUCCUUCAUUCUCUUUAGCGCGGGAAAAUGCUUAGGCGCUUAUAUACACCUAUAUUAUAUAUAUAUAUAUAUAUAUAUAUAUAUAUCAGUAUAUGCAUAUAAAUGUAUGAAAUUGCAGUGAUAUGGGCACUGUUAUAGCCGUCGAUGGAGGCAAAGACAGGAACGAAAAACAGAGAAGAAGAACAAUGCGAACCCAAAUUCCCAGCAUUCCCAUUCAAACCCUACUCGAUUCAGAUCGAUUUCAUGAACGCUCUCUAUCAAUCCCUCGAUAAAGGAGGCAUUGCCAUGCUCGAAAGCCCUACUGGGACUGGCAAAACCCUUAGUAUAAUUUGCAGUGCCUUACAGUGGCUUGUUGAUCAGAAGAGACAACAGAAUUGCGAGACGAUAGAUGUUUCUAAUCAUAAUCAUCAAUCUGGUUCAGAAGAUGAACCUGACUGGAUGAGGAACUUUGCUGUAAACAAUGAUAUUCAAGAAGAGAAAAAGAAGGUGAAGAAGAAGAAGAAGAAGAAACCAGGGCUUGGGUUGGACAAACUCGAUAAGAAAAGAAAUCAAGGAUGUUCUGGAAUAUGGAAAGAAGAUGGGUUCUAUAACAAGAUUGACAACAGGAGUUUAAGGACUAAAACUGAAGCAGGGGAGUUGGAUGAUGAAGAUUUUUUAAUUGAGGAAUAUGAAAGUGAGGAGGAAGGUGGUGAUGGAGGUGUGCAAUCUAAGAGGAAGGCUGGUGUAGUUUCCACUAGUUCGUCAAGUGAUGAGGAAGAGGAAGAAGAUGAAUUUGAUGAUGAUGAGGAAGAGGCAAAUUUGAAGAUCUAUUUCUGCAGUCGGACCCAUUCACAGCUUUCUCAGUUCAUAAAGGAGUUGAGAAAGACUGGUUUUGCUAGUGAGCUGAAGGUUCUAUGUCUGGGCUCGAGGAAGAAUUUGUGCAUCAAUGAAGAGGUUUUGAAGCUUAGGAGCUCGAUUCACAUCAAUGAACGGUGCUUGGAGCUUCAAAAGAACAAGAAAAAAAACAUUUCUAAAAUGGAGAAUUUAGGUUCUGGAAGGAGAAUACGAAGGACUAAGGCUUCUGGAUGCCCAAUGCUUCAAAAACAUAAGCUGCAGAAACAGUUUAAGAGCAAGAUUUAUCAACAGGAAGCCAUGGAUAUUGAAGACCUUGUUGGCCUUGGAAGCAAGAUAGGAACUUGUCCUUAUUAUGGUUCCCGAAGCAUAGUCUCAGCAGCUGACCUUGUGGUUCUUCCCUAUCAGUCUCUUCUUUCAAAAUCAUCACGUGAAUCGCUUGGUUUAAAUCUAAAGGAUAACAUUGUUAUAGUAGACGAGGCUCACAAUCUGGCUGACUCUCUUAUCAGCAUGUAUGACUCGAAAAUUAAUUUGUCUCAGUUGGAGAAUGUGUAUUCCCACUUAGGGAGAUACUUCGAACGAUUUCGCAACCUCUUAGGAUCUGGCAAUAGAAGAUAUAUUCAAACUCUAAUGGUCCUCACUCGGGCUUUUCUCCAAAUUCUAAAUAGUGAAAGCAAAGCAAGUUGUGCUGAUCCUUUCUUUGAUGAUGAUGAAGCUUCAGGAGCAAAAGGUCCCCAUGAGUAUUCUAUGGCCAUCAACGAAUUCUUAUUUUCUCUCAAUAUUGACAACAUAAACUUGGUCAAAUUGUUACAAUAUCUAAAGGAAAGCAAUAUCAUCCACAAGGUCAGUGGGUAUGGAGAUAAAGCUGCUAGCUUGCAAAAACGUUCAACACUAGGAGAUUGUGGGGAAAACAGUGAGGAAGGAAGCACUUUAUCUGGUUUUCGAGCAUUAGCUGAUAUGUUGCUGUCAUUGACAAAUAAUGAUGGUGAUGGUCGAAUAAUAAUCUCAAGAACAAAACCAUCUUGUUCUGGACAACAAGGAGGAUACCUUAAGUAUGUCAUGCUCACGGGGGAAAAGAUCUUUUCUGAGAUUGUUGAUCAAGCUCAUGCUGUCAUAUUGGCUGGGGGAACUCUACAACCCAUAGAGGAAACAAGGGAGCGCCUCUUUCCAUGGCUACCAUCAGAUCAAUUGCAUUUCUUUUCAUGUAGUCAUAUAGUCCCCCCUGAAAGUGUUUUGCCAGUUGCUGUUUCUUGUGGGCCCUCUGGCCAGUCCUUUGAUUUUAGCUACAGCUCCAGAAGCUCAUUAAUUAUGAUAGAGGAGCUUGGUCUUCUGAUUUGCAAUUUGGUGACAGUGGUUCCUGAAGGACUUGUCAUGUUCUUCUCUUCAUUUGAUUAUGAAGGGCAGGUCUAUGAUUCAUGGAAGGCUUCAGGUAUCCUUGCGAGGAUUAUGAAGAAAAAGAAGGUACUCAGGGAGCCUAGAAGAAACACAGAUGUGGAAGGGGUCCUCAAGGAAUAUAAGGAGACGAUUGAUGCAUUGUCUAGUGGGGAUCUAAAAAAUCCGGCACCUCACAAUGGUGCUAUUCUCCUUGCUGUGGUGGGUGGGAAGAUAUCAGAAGGUAUCAACUUCAGUGAUGGGAUGGGUCGAUGCAUAGUCAUGGUUGGACUGCCAUACCCUAGCCCAUCUGACAUUGAGUUGAUGGAGAGGGUGAAGCAUAUUGAUGGUCUCGGAGAUACAACAUCAAGUAAAACCCCCAAAUGUUUGAGCAGUAAUGGAUCUUACAAUGGAGAUUUUCAAGUUGGAUUUCAUAUCCUAAGAAGUUGCAAGCGUCGAGGAAAAGAGUAUUAUGAAAAUCUUUGCAUGAAAGCUGUAAACCAAUCAAUUGGUAGAGCAAUUCGACAUAUAAAUGAUUAUGCAGCAAUCUUGUUAGUUGAUGCACGAUAUGCAUCUGAUUCCUCGAAAAGAAGCUUUUGUCACCCUACCAACAAACUCCCCCAGUGGAUUAAAGGUCAACUCGUUUCUUUGACCAAGAACUAUGGAGAAGUCCAUCGGCUACUGCAUCAAUUCUUCAAAUUCAACAAAAUGAGAGGUCAGUAGAGUGCCUUCAAUGGAGCAUUUCAAUGUAUUAUACUACGGAGAAGUCCAUUGGCUAUUGCAUCAAUUCUUCAAUUUCAACAAAAUGAGAGGUUAAUAGAGUGUCUUCAAUGGAUCAUUUCAAUGUAAUUAUACAGUCACAGAUCAACGAACACUACACUGAAGUCUGCUUGGAGCAAUUCUAGGAAGAUAGCAGCAGUUCAAGGAAAACGAAAUAAUGUAGUUGCAAAGCAAUUGUGGCAUUGAUUUAAACAGUACAGUAAUGAAGAAUAGACUCUAUUACUGUUAAUGCAGCACAUAUAAUUUUAGAUCUGCUUUGUGGCAUUGUACACCAGCAAGUAUUACUAUUAAU